CAAAAAUUAUUUAUGUUAUAAAUUUUUAAUUUAUUUUUAAUAUAUAAAUUGUAAUAUGGAGAAUGAAGAGAAAAUCAAUCAAUUUGAAGCGAUAACUGGAGUUUCUAAAGAACGUGCAAAAUUUCAUCUAGAGUCAGCAGCCUGGCAACUUGAGGUUGCCCUAGCUAGUUUUUAUGAACAUGGAGGAGAUGAUGAAGACGGCAACGUUGAAGAUGAUACUAACUCUCCUCCACAAAGUGAAUCUGCUGAGGUGACACAACCUCCACAAUCAAGGCAGACGUCCAAGCCUAAUUCUAGAAACAAUUCCAGAUUUGCAACUGUGCAGUCACUACAACAAUCUCAAGUUUCUUCUGAUGAAGAGGAAGGUCAAGCAUUUUAUGCCGGUGGUUCUAGAAAUUCAGGACAACAAAUACUUGGCCCACCUAAGAAACGAGAUAUCGUAGCUGAUAUGUUCAAAGCUGUGCAAGAGCAUGCUAGUGAAGUGUUAGAUCCUCAGCAUUCAACUUCGUCAUCUACACCAAGAACUUUUCAAGGAGUGGGUUAUAGAUUAGGUCAAACUCCCGAAGAUAGUACUGCUGUAUCAACUCCAAAAACAGAAAACAAUGAACCUACAACUGUAGUUCUGAAAUUAUGGAGAGAUGGUUUCACACUUGGCGAUGGUCCUAUGCGCAUGUACAGUGAUCCUGAAAACGGCGAAUUUUUAGAUCAUAUCAAAAGGGAGAUUCCUCCUGAACUGAUUCAAGAGGCACAUGGUGCGGAGGUACAUUUAGACUUAGAAGAUCAUCGACAUGAACAAUAUAUUCCACCCAAAACCAAAGUUGCCGCGUUUUCGGGAAAGGGUCACACUCUUGGCAGGCAUGUAAGGCACUAAAUGGCUGAGAGUACCACAUGAGCAAUAAAUUAUGUUUGCUAUAAAGACAUCAGAGACUCGUUAUUAGAUGGAUUAUGGAUUUCUUAUCAAUAAUAACAGCCAAAAACUGAAUAGCGAGAGAGAAGACUCAUUCUAUGUGAGA